GGAAAGCCGACUCGCACUGGGACUCUAGUGUUCGGCCCGUUGGGGGGUGCCAAUGAUUCCUUAGUGGUUGAUUGAUUGAUUGAUUGAUUCGUGUCCACGCUCCACCAUGAAUGAGAGACGGAACCGCGCUUCUUGGCUGGUACUCGCCGUCACGGGGGGUCCGCUGCUGCUUUCGGUAUCGUCACGGUGUUUCGUCGACGCCUUUUCUAUCGCGUCCUCCGUCUCGUCACGGAGCUCGGCACACAUCGGCGAUUCGUCGUCGGUGCGCUUUCUGUUUGCCGACGAGUGUUCGCUAAAUACUUUUGAUGCGGAGGAGUGCAUUGCAACGGCAGGAUACGUCCGCGACCCGACGGAGGCCUCCAGCGUCGACAACGUCUUGGUCGCUGAAAUCGAAACCUUGCGCGACAAAUUCACGUCGUUCGAAAACGUGGAUGCACACGUAAAGACGACCAAUAUGAUCAAGUAUUGUCGGAGAAGGGAAGGCAAACGACUUUUGGCCUCGGAUACAAUCGCUCCCUCCGUCAACUCGAGAAUCGCCAAUAUUGAAUACAAUCAUCUCAUUGAAGAUCGAGAACUCGUCUUGGUCGACACCGUUCGUGUUCCUGGUAUGGACAAGUCGUCACGAGCGUUCCACCGUGCCGGUCCCCGGAAAUUGUUGCAUUUCGAUCCGUCGCUGGUCAACGCCGCCAUUGUUACCUGCGGUGGACUCUGCCCGGGUCUCAACAACGUUAUUCGUGAGCUCGUGCAUUCUCUACACAACUUGUACGGCGCACAGAACGUCUGGGGCAUUACCGGUGGCUACCACGGCUUUCACAAUCCCGAAUACGCACCCGUCUUGUUGACGAACGAAAUGGUGGAAAACAUUCAUCACGAAGGUGGGACCAUCUUGCGGACAUCCCGGGGCGGAUUUGAGAUCGACGCGAUAGUGUCAUUCUUGCGUUCCAAGAGUAUUUCGCAACUCUACAUUAUCGGUGGUGACGGUACUCACCGAGGUGCCUACAAAAUCCACGAGGCAUGUAUGGAAGCCGGCUUGAACAUUGCCGUUGCCGGAAUUCCUAAAACCAUCGACAACGACAUUGAUUACAUCGAUCGCAGCUUUGGGUUCGUGAGCGCUGUCGAAGCGGCGCAGGCGUCGAUCCGCUCGGCCAAGACCGAGGCUAUGUGCACCGUACCCAACGCGGUUGGCAUCAUCAAGCUCAUGGGGCGGUCGGCGGGCUACCUGGCCACCUUUGCGGCUUUGGGGUCCGGCGACGUGGAUUUGGUGCUGGUACCGGAAGUGCCCAUCGUACUGGACGGACCGGGCGGUGUGUUGCCGUUUUUGCGGCAGCGUGUGAAAGAGCAAAAGUUUGCCGUGGUGGUGGUGGCGGAAGGAGCCGGCGAAGAGCUACUGGAAGCCACGAAUGUGGUGGACAGGGGAGGGAACCGGCUGUUGCCUCCGAUCGGAGAAUACAUGCGGGACCGAAUUAAGGAGUACUUUGUGGAGCACGGCGAAGAGGCCACAAUGAAGUAUAUUGACCCGUCGUACACGGUACGGUCGGUACCCGCGAACGGCGCGGACUCGCUGUAUUGUAUGGAGCUUGCGCAGAACGCGGUACACGGAGCCAUGGCGGGGUACACGGGCUUUUCUGUGGGGUUGGUGAACAACAACGUGGUGUAUUUGCCCAUCCCCCAGCUGGUGGCGUCCAGUCCUCGUCAAAUGAGUCCCUGUGGUACUACGUGGGAACGCGUUCUGGCUAUGACGGGGCAACCGAACACGACGCCUUACGUUCGUUCCGAAGAGCAGCCCAUUCCCCUAUAGAAAAGGACGACUGAUUUUGCUCAACGCUAAAUUAAUAACACGUGAAGCCUCCCAAGUU